GUGGCCAACGGUGAGGAUUUCUCGGUAGGAGUCGUAUUCGUCUCUAUAGAGAGGACAGAAGCAGUCUCAUUCUCCCUUUUUUCAGUUCACAGGAUGGGUGUGUUACACACCCUCGACUUGGAAAAUUUUAAAUCUUACAAAGGAAAACAAGUGAUAGGCCCGUUCAAGAGAUUCACAGCAAUUAUUGGCCCAAAUGGAUCAGGCAAAUCGAAUCUUAUGGAUGCAAUAAGUUUUGUGUUGGGAGAGAAGGCUACGAGUUUGCGUGUGAAGAAAUUGGGUGAUCUCAUUCAUGGAGCGCCGAUCGGAAAACCUGUGUCAAAUCGCUGUUCUGUAACAUUAAACUACAAAGAGGAUUCUGGACGUAUGAGAAGUUUUACUCGAUCAGUUACCAACGCGGGUUCAGAGUUCCGUGUAGAUGGGAAGGUUGUCUCGGUCCAGCAAUACAAUCAUGAAAUGGAAUCUAUCCAGAUAUUCAUCAAAGCAAAGAACUUCCUUGUUUACCAGGGUCAAAUCGAAUCUAUUGCCAUGAAGAAUCCAAAAGAACGAACCGCACUAUUUGAGGAAAUUUCCAGGUCUUGUGAACUCCAACCUGAAUAUGAUCGCUUGAAGUUGGAGCUGCAAAAAGCAGAAGAAGACGCUCAACAAAAUAUGCACAAGCGUCGUGGUAUUGCCCAAGAAAAAAGAGAAGCCAAAUUGGAACGGGAUGAGGCUGAAAAAUACCAGCACAUGAAGGAUGAAUUGGCUGCAAAGCAACGACAGCUUUACCUGCUUGAAUUGUUCUAUUGUGAACGCUACGGAAAAGAAGCACAGGACGAUUUGUCGAAUAGGAGAAAAAUGGUGGCAGAGCUCGAAAACAAGAAGAAUGAAGUUGAUGAGUCUGUAAGUGAGAAACACAAGUUGGUCAAGAAGUCACAGCGAGAUAGUCAUAAACUUGAAAAAGAGAUUGCUGAUAAGACCAAGUUGGAAACGUGCAAUAAGACGUUGAAUGCGGCGCAGAAGCUCGCUGAGCGCAAUGAGGAGCAGGUGCAGGCCAUGGAGAACUCCGCAAGUUCUAAAGUAAAUGAAGAACGUCGCAUGAAAGCGUGGCAGGAAAAGAUCAAAAACAAGAAACAGGAGAUCGAGAGACUGAAGAAACAGAUCGACUUUCUUGCGGAGAACGCGGAGCAGCAAAAAGUGGUCCUGCAAAACGAGAAGCUGAAUUUGGUGUCAAUGGAAAAGCAAGUGAAGGAAAGCAAGGAAAAGUUAGAGAAGGUAUCUGUUGAGCUCAAUGAAAUUAACAAGCAGCUCUCAGACGCAAGUGGUGAUUCGGCGGAGUCUGAGCGCUUAAGACGUCGCAACGAAGCCAUUGAAAACUUGAAAAGAGUUUUCCCAGAUAAGAUUCAUGGCCGACUAGUGGAUCUGUGCCAACCUAGCCACAAGCGUUUCAAUUUAGCGGUGACGAAAGUGCUUCAAAAGCACAUGAUGAGUAUUGUCUGUGACUCAGAAGAGACCGCAAGAGAUGCGAUCUUGUAUUUAAAAGAGCAGCGCUACCCUCCUGAAACUUUCCUUCCUCACCAUGGUCUUGAUGUUCAUCCAAUUAACGAAAAGCUUCGCGAGCUCACAUAUCCGAAGGGAGUCAAAUUGGUUUUUGACGUGAUUCAGUGCAACCAUCCUGCUGCAAGAAAGGCUCUACAAUUCGCUUGUGGUAAUGCACUCAUUUGUGAAACAGCUGAGGAUGCGAGGACGCUUGCGUAUGGUAGCGCUGGAGGUGACAGGCCGCCAAACAACGACAGCUUUACCUACUUGAAUUGUUCUAUUGUGAACGCUACGGAAAAGAAGCACAGGACGAUUUGUCGAAUAGGAGAAAAAUGGUGGCAGAGCUCGAAAACAAGAAGGAAUGUGUUUCAGAAUGAAGUUGAUGAGUCUGUAAGUGAGAAACACAAGUUGGUCAAGAAGUCACAGCGAGAUAGUCAUAAACUUGAAAAAGAGAUUGCUGAUAAGGAACGAGAAAUCGCGCAUGAGCGACCGCUAUACGUACAAGUGAAGCAGGAAGUCCUUCAUGUCAAGACCAAGUUGGAAACGUGCAAUAAGACGUUGAAUGCGGCGCAGAAGCUUGCCGAGCGCAAUGAGGAGCAGGUGCAGGCCAUGGAGAACUCCGCAAGAGAGUUGGAACGGAAGAAAGCGGAAUGCGAAGCAGAACUUGAAUCGCAAAGUCAGGAACUUGAUCUGCAUCUAAAUGAAGAGCAGCCUUCAUUUCAAAUUUCUAAAGUAAAUGAAGAACGUCGCAUGAAAGCGUGGCAGGAAAAGAUCAAAAACAAGAAACAGGAGAUCGAGAGACUGAAAAAGCAGAUCGACUUUCUUGCGGAGAACGCGGAGCAGCAAAAAGUGGUUUUGCAAAACGAGAAGCUGAAUUUGGUGUCAAUGGAAAAGCAAGUGAAGGAAAGCAAGGAAAAGUUAGAGAAGGUAUCUGUUGAGCUCAAUGAAAUUAACAAGCAGCUCUCAGACGCAAGUGGUGAUUCGGCGGAGUCUGAGCGCUUAAGACGUCGCAACGAAGCCAUUGAAAACUUGAAAAGAGUUUUCCCGGAUAAGAUUCAUGGCCGACUAGUGGAUCUGUGCCAACCUAGCCACAAGCGUUUCAAUUUAGCGGUGACGAAAGUGCUUCAAAAGCACAUGAUGAGUAUUGUCUGUGACUCAGAAGAGACCGCAAGGGAUGCGAUCUUGUAUUUAAAACCUACAGGGUACGUAUCUGUUUUCCUUCAUUGUAGUGCAACCAUCCUGCUGCAAGAAAGGCACUACAAUUUGCUUGUGGUAAUGCACUUAUUUGUGAAACAGCUGAGGAUGCGAGGACGCUUGCGUAUGGUAGCGCUGGAGGUGACAGAUACAAAGCGGUUGCUCUUGGAUGGAACUAUGUUCCAGCAAAGCGGAGUCAUUGGAGGUGGUAGCCAUGAAUUGAAAUUGCGUGCGAAGAAAUGGGACGAGAACGCUUUGAAGCAGUUGCGUGAGCGUCGAGCACAACUUCAGGAGGAAAGCAACACUCUGCACAGAACUCGACGAAAGGAAUUGGAUGUCGAAAUGCAAAGGAAUAAGUUGACUUCAGUUGAAUAUCGGCUUAAAAAUAUGCAGCUUGAGAAGACCAAGUGUGAGACUGAUACUCUAAACAAGUUAACCUUUGAGCUCGAAAGCCUUGAGUCUGAGCUGAGUGUGAUUCCGCCUAAAAUAGAGGAAAUAGAAGAGCGUAUGCAAGAAAGGGAGAGAGAAAUAGCAAAGAUUGAGGAGAAGAGCAACGCUGUUGCGGACGACGUGUUUGCGAGUUUUUGCAAGAAGGUCGGAAUUAAAAACAUCCGUGAGUACGAAGAACGUGAGAUGAGAUUCCACCAAGAGAAAGUUGAUCGCAUGCGCGAGUUCGAUAACGAACUCGACCGCAUACGUAAUGAGCUGGAGUACUUGCGUUCCGAAGACAAAAAUAGGAAAGUCAGACAAGAAAUUGAGAAAGUCAAAAAUCUCGAGAAGGAACUGGAAGCACUAAAGAAAAAGGAAACGAAGGAGGGAAAAAUACUAGCGCGUUUAGAGAAGGAAAUGGAAGAUUUGAAGGUUUCUGCUAUGGAGAAGAAUAAUGAAGAAAAGCUGAAGCAGACUACGUGUCAAAGAAGGAAGCCAGAACAGCAGGAUGGAAGUCAACCUUCAAACUCGAACAAUCUUUCUCAAGAGCAAAUUGAAAGAGAAUCGAAAAUUAAAGUCAACUAUAAAUCGCUUCCUGAGAAUUUGAAGGAUCUGAAAGACGAGGAAGAAGUCAAAAGACACGUCGAAAGAAUGAACAAAGACAUAAAUGAUUCCCAGGCGACGUUAUCACGAUUAAAUGCGCCUAACCUCAAAGCAAGUCAAAGGUAUGACGUUUCCGCUCCACAGCAGGAAGAUGAGGCGUCUCCGCGUAUGAAGCUUGGCGUUCGUAUAGAACUAGGAGGAGCGCUGAAUUAUUCAAGACAGCCUGCAGUGAUGAGUAUAUAUUGGUUCAAGAAUUUCGUUGGUAUUCGUCAGUCUGAAUUCGAGUUAUUGCGAGUGCCAGCACCAAGUACCGAGUUCUGCAUUCACGUCACAAUGAGAAGUGUACAGACCGGAGCUCUUCUUGGUUCGAUACUCGGCCCUCUGACAGCAAUGAUGUUUGAAGGAAAGAAUAUGAGCGCGAAACGUCUCAGUGAUUCAUUCGUAAAUGGUGGCACAACUGGAGCGAUGAUCGGUGCUUUGAUGGGGCCUGCGCUGACGUACAUAUCGCUUAGAGAUAUGAAUACUCUGCAACUAUACGAUAAGUGUUACAGAUUGAGGUUCGACAAACAACAACUAUGGCAGGAUCGUACAUGCAUAGUGUCGGCUGCCCUUGGUUAUUUGACAAACGGUUCGAUGGGGUUCGUAAUUGGGCUAGACUUAGCUGUAUUGAUGAGCAACCUGAUGGGAAAAGCCUGGUGA